AUGAGAGGCUUUUCAAGAGCAUCAGCCUUUGGCCUCACGGCAUUGGCCUCUCUUGUCUCUGCUCAAGUCGCAAGCGUCUGCCCAUCCACAGGAGUUUGCUACAAGCUGAACAUUCCCCAAAACACAGCUUCUUCUGGCUCGGGAGACAUCUUCUUCCAGAUCCAAGCACCCAGCAACUAUGAGUGGGUUGCACUUGGUCAGGGAAGCGGCAUGGCCAACUCCAACAUGUUCGUUGUCUACACAUCUGCAAGUGGAAACAACGUCACUCUCUCACCCCGACACACCACCAGCUAUUCACCUCCAACCUUCAACUCGGAUGCCCAAGUCACAUUACUCGAGGGCUCUGGUGUAUCAAAUGGCGUCAUGACUGCCAACGUCAAGUGCUCAAACUGCAACAGCUGGUCAGGAGGUACCAUGGACUUCAAGUCCGGAAGUGGCAACUGGAUCUACGCCUUCCAGAACUCCGGCGGACCCCUGAACACCGACGACACUUCAGCCCAGAUUAACCAGCACUCCGGCCACAGCGCCUUCAACUGGGACUUUGCUCAAGCCAAGGGUGGUUCCAGCGUCAACCCCCUCAUCGCUACCACCUCAACUGGCACCACCCCCAGCAAUGGCAAUGGCAAUGGCAAUGGCAACACCAACUCCGGCAUCACAACCAUCCGCCCCAGCGGCGCUGUCACCAACCGCCGCGAAAAGCUCAUUGCCCACGGCGUCCUCUCUUCCCUUGCGUUUGUCAUCUUUUUCCCUACCGGCGGUAUCGCCAUUCGCCUCGUCUCCAUGACCGGCAUGGUCUGGAUCCACGCCGCAUUCCAGAUCUUUGGCUACAUGACCUAUAUUGCCGGCGCCGGUCUUGGCAUCCACCUCGCCUGCGGCCUCAAGCGGACUGGACACUACCAUGCCAUCAUCGGUAUGAUUCUCCUUGGUGUUCUCUUCUUCAUGCCUAUCCUCGGAUACAUGCACCACCUUUUCUUCAAGAAGGUCCAGAACCGCACCAUCUGGUCGCACGCUCACAUCUGGGUCGGUCGUAUCUUCAUCACUCUCGGCAUACUCAACGGCGGCUUUGGACUCAAACUCGCUGACUGCUCCAACUUGAGCUCCCGCGCUGGUCAAAUCGUCUACGGUAUUGUUGCUGGUCUUAUCUGGUUUGCAUGGGUCGGUGCCAUUGUCAUUGGCGAGAAGAAGAGAAGCAGCUCACUUACCCAGUCUGGAUCCAAGCUCGCCGACGAGCGUGCCAACUCGGAUGGCACUGCUGUUGAUGUCAAUGGACACUAUGGCCACAAGCAGCAACAGUAG